CAUCGAUAUUUGUGUACACACACGCAUGUUGCAACAUCCCCACCAUGGAUGACAGUGAUACAAAAAACUUGGUAAACGAACUGCCAGCACAAGGUUUAGCUGCACACGGAGAUGCAGGUUCCACUUUACAACCUUCAAAGGCGAAGAACAUAACGGAAGUGCACAAUGAGGAGGAAUCCGAGAGUAAAGUGACAGAUAUGGACAAUAAGCCACUACCACAGGAACCAGAUGGAAUAGAAAGUGGGUCUUCAGAAUUUGAAGAUGAUGAGGAUGAAGUUGAGGAUGGUGAGGAUACUGGGGAUGAGAGUGACAUAGAGGACAAUGAUGAAGAUGAGGCAAUCAGAGCUGGUAGGGACCCUAACCCUACACUUCCCAGCACGGUCACUAUUCUCUCUAACAACGCCGAAACAAAGGUCUACCUUGUUGGCACGGCUCACUUCAGCCACGAAAGCCAAGCCGACGUGGCAGAGACCAUACAGAAGACCCAGCCAGACAUUGUCAUCGUUGAGCUGUGUGAUAGCCGCGUACACAUGUUACAUCUGGAUGAGAAACUUCUGUUGGAGGAGGCAAAGAACAUCAACUUCCAGAAAAUCAAACAGACCAUCAAUGAGAUAGGAUAUGUUCAGGGUAUAGCCUACCUACUGCUGCUCAGAAUGUCGGCACACAUCGCCAAGGAGCUGGGCAUGGCGCCAGGGGGAGAGUUCCGACAGGCCUUCAGAGAGGCAAAGAAGGUUCAAGUGUGUAAAAUGAUAAAGCUAGGAGACCGUCCCAUACAGAUCACUAUGAGGAGAGUACUCGCCUCCCUGACCUUCUGGCAGAAAGUCAGACUGGUGUGGCACCUACUUUUCUCUAUAGACUAUAAAUACAGUAAGGAAGAUAUAGAGAAAUGUAAAGACCGAGAUUUACUAGAACAGAUGCUGAAAGACAUGGCGGGAGAGUUCCCUGCCCUUGCCAAGGUUGUUGUCGAGGAGAGGGACACCUUCCUAGCAUUCAGCCUAAAGAAUGCUGCUGUCACCUUCAGAGAGUACCAGAGAAAACAUGGUACGGAGAAGAAUAAAGCCUUAGCUCACCCUGUAGUGGUGGUUGGCGUGGUGGGGAUAGGACAUGUGCCUGGUAUCAUAGCCAACUGGGAACAGUACCGACAUAACAUAAAAGAAAUUACAACUGUACCCGAUCAGUCCGUGUCUAUAAUCUGGAGAACGUUUGGAUGGGCAUUCAGGAUAUCACUUGUAGGAGCGGUCGGGAUGGGCUGUUAUAAGUUGUGUCGAUGGACCUUCCCUAUGCUAGCAUGAUAGGACUUCAGCUAGUAAUUCUGGUUGUCUCUCUUUAUACCGAAUAUGGCUGCAUUUUAAGUUGGCAUUACACACUCAGAGAUCUACUCAUCCGAAGACUUGAGCAGUCUUUUAUUACCUAGUCAAAGUAAUCGUCACAUACAGAAUGUUUCUGCCUAGUCAAAAAAUGGUGUUAUAUGGUAUAUGCUUAAUAUUGAACCUCUUUAUAUGGUACUAUCUCAUUAUAAUUAACUUGCAGUUAUAAAUGUAUACUGUUUGAAUUUUGUUAAACAUAUACUUACAAGAAGUCAAUCUCACUCAGAUAUGCUGGUAAACAUUAUCUAGAAACAUGUACACAGGGUCAACAAACAGUUAAGUAGUCUUUUAUUAAUAAAAAUUUCCAUGAAUAAAUCUUUGCAAAAGUAAAUUGAUCUAACAUAAUUAACUCUUGCGUAUAUUAUAGCAGUUUGUAAAAGGUCCUGUAUGAGAAAACCUUCAGUGGUUUACCUGGUAUGUUACACAUAUUUCUAUCGUCCAAUCAAUCUUUCAAUUUCAGUUUUUGGUCAUACAGUACAUUUCACCUAAUAUCAUGUCUGUUAAUG